UUUUUCGUGAAUAACAUUUGCUUGGUUGUUGAUUAAAUAACACGAUCUUGUAAAUUGAACUAAAAUUCGGAAUAAAAACAUAUAUUUGCGCAUAAAGAGAAAAAAAUAAACAAAUAUUUGAAUAAAAAAAAUGGAUCCUAUGAAAAGUGAAAAGUUUCUCUCGUAUUUUUAUCCGCUGAUUAUUGUAUUCGGGUUUGUGUGUAGUGUCACUUCUGCUGUGGCGUGGAACCACUGGAAAUAUGUAUUAGACACUUGCGUUGAAAAAAAUUGUGGUUGCAUUUUGAAUGGUGUAACGACAAUAACAUAUUUCACUGGUGGGCAUGUGGCCUAUUGUCACUUUGCUACGUUUGGAUUGUUUAUUUCUAUCGCCGCAUCCAUAAUAUUUGGAAGCUACCAUGUUUGGCGUAUUUGUAUGUCAUCCAAUAGCAAUCGUAGGACCAGUAGACAGUCAGUACGACAGCGAUCGGGCGAAAUGAUCAUCAUGACAACAAGAUCCGAAAUUGAUGACGAUGAAAUAUCACCGUCCUACUGGAUCCCCGCAUCAUUUGUAUCGGGUUUUAUGGUCCUUUACACGCUAGUACAUUCCAUAAUUUAUAUCGACGGAGCAUGGCAAUCUUGCCGCCAAUACCGCAACGAGCUCAUCAAGUACAUGCACGCCACAGGGCCAUUAGUUGCUGCUGUACAAGGAAGGAUCUCUUGCAUCGCUGUUUUCGACUUCAUGGACUACCUAUUCUCUGAUGUCAGCUUCGACAGAAGAAGAAUCGACCGCAUAGAUACUUCUUGGUGUUUGAACUUGGCAAUGUUAUCAUCAUGUGCAUCAUUUAUCCUCUGGUGCGGUGUUUUUUUUAUAAAUGUUGCACAAGCGAGACGAACAAAUAAACUAAGAACUUGAAAAAUC